CCUUUCAUUUCAUCCAAACUACAAAUCUUCAAUUCAGCUUUUUCAACACAGUUUUCCUAGAGUAGUAGGUUCUAAGAAGAAAAAGAAAAUAUGUCUUCUUCUCUUAGUUGGAAGUCGACCCAUUGCAUUUUGUCACUUUUUGUAUUGAUUUCUUUCAUCAACGUGUGCUUUGCUUCAAGAAAGCUCACUGCAUUAGUAGAACAAAAUAAUCUCUUGCAGUACCACAAAGGUGCACUUCUUUCUGGCAAAAUUUCUGUCAAUCUGAUUUGGUAUGGCAAAUUCAAACCAUCCCAAAGAGCUAUUGUAUCCGAUUUCAUCACCUCCCUUUCCACUUCAACUCCAUCUAAAACCAACCCUUCAGUAGCCCAAUGGUGGAAAACCACUGAAAAAUACUACCAUCUUGCAAAUUCUAAGAACACCCUUUCCCUCUCUUUGGGAAAACAAGUACUCCUCGAAAAGUAUUCCCUAGGAAAAUCACUGACGCAGAAACAAAUCGUGCAAUUGGCAUCAAAGGGUGAACAGAAAGACGCUAUUAAUGUUGUAUUGACCGCCUCUGAUGUUGCUGUUGAUGGGUUCUGCGUCAAUCGAUGUGGAACUCAUGGGGCUUCUAAGGGUGCAGUUAUUAAAGGCAAGACUUACAGAUUUGCUUAUAUUUGGGUUGGUAACUCAGAAACUCUAUGUCCUGGCUACUGUGCCUGGCCAUUCCACCAGCCCAUCUACGGACCACAGAGCCCACCUUUGGGUGCACCAAACAACGAUGUGGGUGUUGAUGGAAUGGUGAUCAACUUGGCUAGUUUAUUAGCUGGAACCGCUACUAACCCAUUUGGAAAUGGUUACUACCAGGGCGAAGCAGAUGCACCAUUGGAAGCUGCAUCUGCUUGCCCUGGUGUCUACGCCAAUGGUGCUUACCCAGGCUACGCUGGAGAUUUAUUGGUGGACAAAACUACAGGUGCAAGCUACAAUGCACAUGGUACAAACGGAAGGAAAUACUUGCUUCCCUCUCUAUAUGAUCCUUCCACAUCUACAUGCUCCACUUUGGUCUAGAAAAUCUGUGGCAGUUUCACGAUGAAAUUGAUUUAGUAUAGUGAAUACUGUAACUUCUCAUUCAUUCAUUUGUUUUAGCAUGAGUAAUUCCUUUGGCUUGCUUUCACAAACAUCCCUGUCUUCCAUUUUUUUUCCCAUUGAAUUUAUUUUGUUUAGGUCAUAAAGGGGACCCGAAGAACUACUUCGCAAUGAAUUAUUCUGUUGCGCAAUAUCCCAAAAAUCACAGCUAAAAUUAUAAGAGUAUGUUGUUAAGCAAUUUCCCAAUAAAUAUCCCAAAUUUUACCUUUUA